CAAACAUAUGCACCACCGGCCGCUCUGCUGAGCAGUUCGCCUCAGAGGGUACGGGUUCCAACCUAUACAUACAGAACAACACCUCGCCUGAAGCAAGCAUCCGGUUGUUUUCCACAGUAGAGGAAGCAGAAAAUACCAAACCCUGGACGAUAGCUUCAUGUCUGACUUACAUGG